GCCAGCGUCCUCGAGAGGCCCCGCUGCUGCGCAUGCACACUCUACCCAGUGGCCUGAGCAGACGCGGUAGUCAGCUUCCGGUGACCAAGGAGGGGGCGCCCAGAGCACACGCUAUGUCUUGCUUCAGCCGACCUAAGUACAAGACCGGGGACCUGGUGUUUGCCAAGUUAAAGGGCUAUGCCCACUGGCCAGCGAGAAUCGAACAUGUCACUGAACCCAACCGCUACCAGGUGUUCUUCUUCGGGACCCAUGAGACGGCCCUGCUGGGUCCCAGGCACCUGUUCCCUUAUGAGGAGUCCAAAGAGAAGUUCGGCAAGCCCAACAAGAGGCGCGGCUUCAGUGAGGGGCUGUGGGAGAUCGAGCACGAUCCUAUGGUUGAGGCCUCCUCUGGCCUGUGCUCAGAAGAGGAUCAGAGCUUCACCGAGGAUCCCGGGCUGGCAGAGGAGCCAGAACUGGAGCAGGAGCUGGAGCAGGAAUUCAUGCCUGAGCUGGAGGCAGAACCUGAGAUGCCUGAGACCGAGUGUGAGCAGGAGCCCGAGCCCCAGCCUGCCUAUGACCUGCUGGAUGCCGUGGAGGAGCCCGGCCUCACCGAGGCUGAGCCAGGAGAUCAGCAAGCCGAGCAGGUGCAAGAGAAUCACCCUGAGGUGGAGGCGGAGGCUGAGGCCGAAGCAGAGGCGGAGGCCGAGGCCAAGGCUGAGGUGGAGGAGCCGGGGAGUCUGAAGAGGAGCGCGGAGGAUGAACAGCCUCAUUGUCCUCUCAAACGGCCCAGGGAGGCGGAUCCUGGUGCGUUGGAGUUGGAGCCGGCUGAAGAGCGCGAGGCUGAGGCCUCCCCCUUCGUUGAGGAGCCUGACCAAGCCCAGGAGCAGCUGCCUCCGUUGGAGGAAGAGGCCACAGAAGAGGCGGUCCAGGGCUUGAUUGUUGGAGAAAUCGAAGGCCUGUAGUCACGGUGUUUGUAGAAGAGCCCGUUUUACCCGUUCCUGCUGCCACCUGGCUGUGGCUUGGGAAACCCACUAGGGCCCAGUCUUCACCCCAGUCCACCUCUCCUUCAUUCAUUCGCCUGCUACAAGCCUAAAUUCCUGGCAUGAGGGACAGGCCAGUUGACAUCAACUUUGUGGCUUAAGUAGUGACCACCCUUCCCACCCUAAACUCUUAGGGGCAUUUUGGACCUCUGCCUAGGAACCAGGAGUGAAGAGGAAUGGAAGAUGAAGAGCAGGGACAACAUUCAAAGGUCUGGAAGGAACAGUCUGUAAACUAUGGCGAUGCUAGUCUACUCCACACCCACCCUGAGUGCCGCCCAGAAUUCCUUUCAGAGUAUUGUAGGUUCGGGGAAAGUGAGACAGCAGUGCCCAGUAAAGAUUUUUGUUGUCCCAGUCACUUUCUUUCUUUUCUUUUUCUUUUCUUUUCUUUUCUUCUUCUUUUUUUUUUUUUUUUUACAAGAACAUUUGGGGCUCUCAAGUCAUAAGAUCUGAAGACAUUGCUUGCCCUUUUGGGUUGCAGAGGUGAGACAUCCUCUCCACAUCUCUUGGGCCACUGAAGGAAACUUCAGCUGCUCCUUUGAAUCCACCCUGGAGCCCCAAGCCUUUAGUCAUACAUAUAUAACUUAAACAUAAGAAUACUUUAGAAACUAUCUUUAUUUUAAAAGGAAUUUUACUAUAUUUAUAAAGAUCAAACUUUGGUUGCGACUCCUAAUUUUCCUGUGGCCAAUCUUAUAUCCCUUAUUGCUUGGGGUUUGAUGACCUGCUUGUUGUUAAGGCUUUGCUUUCCUUAAGGUGCUGCAAUUUCUAUCUGCAUGUCAGCACCUGGGCCCCUCAGUGAUGUCACCUACUGCAAAAUGUACUCAGAAGUUGAGUGUCCCUUCCCAGCCUCUUCUGUCUCUCCACACCUUUGUACCUGGACCCUCUUGGCCCUGCUCUUUCCCCUUGGGCUCUGAUGAAAAAAAAAAAAAAGAUAACUAUACCUUUGGAGGUUUAAAUCGGAGAACCGUAGACUAUUUCAGUUCUAGGAAAUAAAAUCGUUGAUCACUUUAAAA